CUCUCUCUCUAACUUUAUCUCUCUUCCGCUCUCUCUCCCUCUCUCUCUAAAAUCUCUGUUAAAUUAAAAAUCAAAUCGAAGCUGCCGCCGCAUCAGGCCAACCGAUCGCCGGAAAAUGGACGGUAGUAAAGAGAAACGAUUCGACGCCGGUAGCUUCCACGGCGGUGAAGACGACGGCGACCUGAGGAGAGGACCGUGGACGGUGGAGGAGGACAUAACUCUGAUCAAUUACAUCGCCAAUCACGGCGAAGGCCGGUGGAAUUCCCUCGCCCGCUGCGCCGGUCUGAAGCGAACGGGGAAGAGCUGCCGUCUGCGGUGGCUGAAUUAUCUCCGGCCGGACGUCCGGCGGGGAAACAUUACGCUCGAAGAACAGCUCUUGAUUCUCGAACUUCAUUCCCGAUGGGGAAAUAGAUGGUCGAAAAUUGCCCAACAAUUGCCGGGACGAACGGAUAACGAGAUAAAGAACUACUGGAGAACUCGGGUGCAGAAACACGCAAAACAGCUGAAAUGCGACGUUAACAGCAAGCAAUUCAAGGACACGAUGCGAUAUCUCUGGAUGCCGCGCCUCGUCGAACGGAUUCAGGCAGCCGCCACGGCCGCCGCGUCCUCCGCCGCGGCGCCGCCGACGAUCGUGAAUAACAACGGGAACGAUUUCGUCGGAACUCCACAAGUGACGCCGAGUUACACGUCGGAGAAUUCCAGCACCGGCACCGGCGGCGGCGGAGUCUCCUCCGACGGGACGCAGGUUUCCUCCGUCUCGGAUUUGACGGAUUGCUACAACAAUUUCCGUGUUGGCGAUUGUUUUCCGAUGGGUUACAGCCAGGAGCCGCCACCGCUGCAGAGCCCGGCCGGCGGAUUCUUCAACCAAGGGAUGUUAGAUUUUCAAGCCAUGGAGCAGAGUUCUUCCCAGUGGCUGCCGGACGGCGGCGUCGACAUGUCGGAGAGCCUGUGGAACGGCGCCGGCGCCGACGACUUGUGGUUCUUGCAGCAGCAGUUAAAUUAACAUCUGAAAAAAGGAAAAAAGAGAAAAAAAAGAAAAAAACAGAACAAAGAGGAAUAAAAGGGGAAGAGGAACAUACACAUAAUUUGUAGAGCUCAAGAUUUCGCCUCUUGGAAGAAGGGGGGGAAUUAGAAGAAUUAAUAGGAUUUUACGAAGAACAGGGUCCAAUUUUUUGGAUUAUUCUGUUUUUUUUUUUUAACUGUUUCUUUAGAUUUCCAAUUAUUGGGGUUUGGGGGAAAUUUGUAAAAUUGAAUCUUGAGGGUUCUUUUUUCUGUAUCUCAUUCUUUGAAUUAUUGGCUCUUCCGCAAAGGCAAAGGGAAUGCUAGCUAGCUAGCUUCUUCCUCCCCCUUUACUUUUUCUUUUAAAUAUUUAGUUGUUUAACUUUUUUUCUUUUUAUGGUUAAAUUAUAAAUUUAGUGUGCA